GCCGGGCCCCCGCUUCAUGAAUGGAGCCAUGUGACCCAAACAUCACGUGACGCGUCCGUGAGCAGCGGCGGCGGCGGAUCCCGGAAUCUCGGUCCCUCCCAGCGCCACCCCGGCCCCGGCCCCCCCGGCGGCACCGUGAGGAGGAUCCUGACUGACAAGGCUCUCGUGUUAUGACGACCCCCAACAAAGGAAACAAAGCCUUAAAGGUGAAGCGGGAGCCGGGCGAGAAUGGGACCAGCUUGACAGAUGAGGAGCUGGUGACCAUGUCUGUGCGUGAGCUGAACCAGCAUCUACGGGGCCUGUCCAAAGAGGAGAUCAUCCAGUUGAAGCAGCGUCGGCGCACGCUGAAGAACCGAGGCUACGCGGCUAGCUGUCGUGUCAAGCGUGUCACCCAGAAGGAGGAACUGGAGAAGCAGAAGGCAGAGCUGCAGCAAGAGGUGGAGAAGUUGGCCUCUGAGAACGCCAGCAUGAAAAUGGAACUUGAUGCCCUCCGCUCCAAGUAUGAGGCGCUCCAGAACUUCGCCAGAACCGUGGCCCGGAGCCCUGUGGCCCCAGCUCGGGGCCCUAUCACCUCCAGCAUGGGGCCCCUCGUCCCUGGAAAAGUCGCCACCACCAGUGUCAUCACGAUAGUGAAAUCCAAAACGGACGCCCGGUCUUAGUAAAGCAAUGCUGCCUGGGCUUGUCUGUGCAGGGCAGUUAGGUGCAAAGCUAACCUGGAAUCCCCAAAGCACAAACCCCUUUCCUGGUGGGUCAGGACUCCCUCCUCUCUGCUCGGGACUGGCCUGCUGAUCACUCCAGUUUUGUGUUUUGUCUUGUUCAGAUUGAUAUGACCAGUGGUGACACCCCCCAUCCUGUGCAAACAGAGCCUCCCACCUAUGGGUCUACAGCCCUCUGGGGCAUCCUUGGGAUAGAGACUGUGAAAGACCUUGGUGUUCUAGCCAAAGAAAUUCUGCACAGCAUGGAGGAAGGUGUGUGCUUGAGGCCCAUGACGCUCCUCAGUGGGUUGGGAAUGGGAGGGCAGAGGAGGCUGUGUGGCAGGGAGUUGGGAUCCCUGGUUUCAGUCACUUCCGAAGGAUUUAUUCCAUUAUACUUCCAAGUGGCAUAUCUCGGUGCCUGUUAGCCAGGUGUCCAAAUCUGCUGCUUCUGUCUCACUUGGUAUCAGUGAUUGCUGUGGGGGGUAGUUUGUGUAACUGAGUUUGUGUUAACUUCUAGACACGCCGCCUGUGUCCCAAAGGCAGGUUUUCUUGUGACUUUCACUGCACCAGCCACACACAUGCAGUAAUGGAAGGGAGGAAACUGCAGUCCCUUGGUGUCUUUGCUCUAGAGGGGUGUGUGGGGGAGAUGAUGGGGACACUGUGGGGGCCAGCAAUGGGGGGAGGAGGAGGUACCAUAGUGACUGAAGGCCAGUUUUGUACCUAACAUGUUGCACUGAACAAGACCAAAAUCACUAGUUUUUUCCCAUCUAUUGAGGGUAUCAAGUGUCUCUAGUGUGAUGGUUUACACAACCAGUUUGUGGUUAUAGUCCUUUUAUUUAAAGAGAGCAACAUUCAUUUUAAGAGUUAUUAAAUUAUCUAAGUUUAAAAUCAGACAGAGGAGAGAGCAUAUUUAUAGUCGGCUUUUUUUACCGGAGCGGGCGGGAAUAUUUGACCAUAUAAAUGGAGAAAUAUUCUCAGACUCUGCUAGCUGAAAAGUAAAUAAAGAAAAAUAAUUUUAAAGUUUCUCAUGACCUCCUGCAAACUCUCUGUGGCUCCGAGGUUAGUUUUUAUAAAGAGUUAUCAGACUUUAUUUAUAAAAUUUAGAAAAAGACAAAAAAGAGGCAAGUCCUGUUUGAUAUCUUUUUUGCAAUUGUACCAAAAGUGACUUAUUCUUGAACUCACUGGCUUCCUUCGUGUUCCCACUGUGUUGCGCUGUCCGUGCUCUCUGAGCUCUUGUGUGGCGCUGUGAUGUGAUGGUGCCAAUAGCUGCCUUUGCUGUCUGGAUGUCCUGUCUUCACGCUGCCUUUGCUUUCCCAGGGAUUGACAUGGGCACUGUCCUAGGCCUGCAGUGGGUCCUUGGCACAUAGGCAAGGUUGCUCCUCAACCAGUGAGGGCCAAGAUCCACCCUGACCUUUCUAAACUGAAGUCAGAACAACUUGAUGGAUGUGAAAAGAUGGUGCCACAUCUUCAGGAGCCUCUCCUUCUGCACCGUCCUUUUGUAUAGCCCAACAGCCUGUUUCCCUAGCUGACAGCCACCUGCCUCAGAGGUACAGCUGCUGCUGGAGGCUGUUGCUAACCAGGUUGUUCUUGGUAGCUGUUACCUGAACAUGGCAGAUUGUUGUAAGACUGCUUCCCACUACUCUUCAAGCAGGAAAGAUGGCAGGGGAAGUGAAGCAAUGAAGACUGUUCCAAGAGGUCAUGUUUAGGAGGAGACUAAUGGGAAAUAGCUCUGGGCUUUGGUUUCCUUUUAGAUCCUGCAGUAGGAACUUUAAGUGCUCAUUAGAUGCUGGCCAUGAGCCUCAUACAUUUGAGCAGGGCAGGAAGUUGCUUCAGUCCUGGUGAUGGACUCCCUUGCUGUUGAGUGUCUGCAUAGUACUGAAAGGGAAGCCAGGGCAUAGUUGCUUUCUUUCCUCUCCAUCCAACCUCCCCAACUUCCUGGUGCAGCUUCUUCUAGGUGUGACAUGUAUGUUAGGCUGGCAUGUAGUUUGCAAGGCUGUGCGACGGAGCUAAGAUGGUAUCUAAGGUCUUGAUCCCUUCCCACAAACUGUUCCCCUGGAAGCUAAAGCUCAUUGUUGUUACCCCCAGGUGGCAGGACAGUGGGAGGAGACCAUAUGGUGAUCUCUGGGCUGCUGGAUGAAGGCUGAGUGUAGGGAACAGAGUACAUUGGUGCUGGGCUAGGCUGCAGCACCAGUUUAGGAGCCUGUUUUGUAUUGCUGACCUUAUCUGGCUGGGCACAGAUUUCAUGCCCACCCCGCUCAUGGUCAGAGAUUUUUGCUUUUUAUUGAGAAGCAGGUAUGCCUGCCAAAAGCCAAGCAUUCAGUAAGAAGAGGGAGGGCCAAGGACAGGUUGGAAUGUACGGGCUCAGGGCAAAGUAGUAGUCCAUUGUGGAGGAUUUCCCAUUAAGUCCCACCCUUACUCUGGAGCUUGAGGGGUUUUUCUGCUUUGCUUCGAUCUGGGAUCCAGGAAGAAGCUUUUGGGGUCGAACUUCCCAGUGAGUUGCAUUGGACAGAGGAGAGGAUUGGGAUGUCUUCCCACCUUCCCGUGUUCCCCCGCCAAGUCAUGGGGUUUUCUCUAGUCUCCAUUAUGAAAAGUAGAUGUCCUCAAUCUCUGGUCUUAGUCCCCAGGAACCUGCUGAGACUGUAACUCUCCAGAAGGGUUUGUGACCACGCAGCAUGCAGUGCGGCUCCUUGGGAUUUAACUCCCCAGUCUUCUGGGUCUUUUGUCUUCCCAUUGUUCAGAAGAUGCCAACCGCUAGGUGUUCUUCAACUGCAGACCCUUGAAAUGAGCCCAGAAUAACAAGUCCAGACUCCCCUCAGAACCAGCUUGAAAUUGGGUACCCCACAUGAUGCUGAGUGCAGAAGGCAGUUCUGAGGCAGCCUAGUGUAUCUGCCCUGCCUGGGAUGCAGGGGACACGGUUGCCAGGGGUGUAUUUAUAUAGCGAGCUGGGUGCUGGGCUCUUGCUCCAAAGGGUUUGGUUUUAGGAGGCCUCAUCAGCUUUUGUGCAACAGAAGGAGCAGGUGGCGACCAUCUUCCUGAGAAGAUAUACAUGGCCAGAGAGACCCCUGUUAGUGGCUGCCAAUCCUUUUCAGUCCUACUCCAACCCUGAUCUAACAGCCUGGAACUUCUCUCCCUGACUGACAACAUCUCACCCAUCAUCCAUCUUCAGAGGAGUCCUGGUCCAUGCCUUUACUGGGAGAGGAUGCUUUAGGGCUGGGUGCCAUGAGUACUGGAGGACAGAGAGAACAGGCAGCAGACACUGACUCAGACAGAAUCUUUUCCACUUCUUGACGUUUUUGUUUAUUGUGCUUGUUAGUCUGUUAUCCCAAACAGCUCUCUGAUUGACUGAGCAUAUUCAGUAACAUCACAUCUCAACAUAGAGGAUUUAGGUGCAAAGACAGCAAAGCUGUGGUUGUGUGAUGUGGAGUAAUGAACUCAGCACUGGGGGCCAGGACUCCUGGGUUCCACUCUUGGCUCAGCCACUGGCUCCAUGUGUGACCUUGGGCAAGUUGCUUCCCUUCUCUGUGCUUGGUGCUCUGCCCCAUGUCAGUGUCAGGUGUGCUGGAGGGGCUCCGGGCAGCUCCCUGUGGUCUGUGCCCCACGUCAGUGACCGGUGUGUUGGAGGGGCUCCAGGCAGCUCCCUGUGGUCUGUGCCCCACGUCAGUGGUUUUGGUUCUUUGAUUUUAGUGAAGUGUCAAAUCUGAAUACCUUCUUGCCCCUGUGUUCAGGGAAUCCCUGUUUAUGCUAAAGGGGGCACUCCCCCACUCACCCCAGCACCAGUCAGCUUCUUGUGUUUAUGGAUUGUCCCAGUGUGAGUCAGGCCCCCAACCCUUCACUUGAUUUCUCUCUCUCAUAUAUAGCGUUUCAGAGUGUGACAGUUCUUGUUUUCGAGGUGCUUGUUCAUUUGGUUUCCUGCUGUGAAGGGUGUUGUAUUUUCUUUGGUACCUUUUUGACGCAGCGGGUGGGGUUUUUGCUCCUGGCCUGGCUGCAAAGCGAACCCGUGAAGUGUAUCCACCCUCGCACAGCUGGGUGUAGGCGUGGCUGUCGCACCCAGGACGUGCACAGGGACUUAUGUAUGUUGUGGUGAAUUGUGUAAAGUGAUCUCUUGGCUUAGGCAACGUGAUGGAUAUUGCUCUUUAGGAAGAGGCAGACUGCAGUGUGCAGGCAAGAGCUAGGACUGCUCUGUGAGGGUUCGUGCAGGUAGGGAGGGGCAUGCAGAGCACUCUCCCCUUGGGUCGGCUGGUGUGUGUGUGUGUGUGUGUGUGAGAUCCUGGAUGGUCACCACCAUCCCUGUAUCUCUGGUAUGAAAUGCAUGGGGGGGGAGGGGAUUUACGAAGAGCUGGGGGUGGCAUAUCUUUUCCAACCUUUUAUGAGCAGAGUCCUCCCUUGCCCUCCCCCCACCACAACCCUAGUGGCCAGAGGGUAAUGGCUAGAUGGGGACUGUGUCCUGUCCUUUCACCAGCCCACAGGGAGGGGACUGCUCCUUUUGCUUGCAGACGCCUUCCUGAAUGAAGCGCCGUGCUUCAAGCUGUGGUUUUUCUGGCAGGAACAAACACUAACGCUCUCAUCUCAGAGGAAGGUUCCCUUCCUGCCGGGGUACAUUGCUGCCUCCCACCAUAGUAAAGGGAAGGGUGGGGACCUGUGAGUACACUGACUCCCCUCCUCACUCAGAUAUGAGGAGGUAGUGCUGGGCCUCUUUCAGCUGCAGGGCUGGCAGGUGCUAAGGGGCAGCCUGGCUGGGGCAACACUCUCUCUUCUCAGUAGCUGGCUUUGCUCCCUUUGGGAGCAGGGAGCAGUCAGGUUGGGUGCAUGAGUGAGCUUUGGAUGCUUGUGUAUGAUACCUCUGGGUACAGCCAGUGUUAAUGAUUCUGCAGCCCCGGUUCCUCACUUGGGCAGCCACGUGAACCGCUCCCUAGUGGAGGACAGUAUUGUGCUGCCAUGAAUUCCCAGAGUGCAAUGGUGGAGCAGUGGGAGUAGAGUCACUGCCCUAUUCCAAGGGGAGAAGGAGCUACCAAACUGCUGAGCCCUGCCUGAAGUGUGACCUCACUGCAGUCUGCCUGGAGUUUAUUACACCCUUGGCCAAAUUGGAAUGUUAUUGGAGAAAUAACAUCCUGAGCACAAAGUGACAGGACAAGGGCGCCUUGGCUGCUGCCCAGGCUAUGCUGCCCUGCAGUGUCGAUAUUGGCUUGUGUCAAACAUGAGGACCGGGCCUGGAAGGCUCAGUUCUGAAUCAUGUAUUUGCUUCUUUUCCGUUUUAAACGGACUCUAAAAUGGAAAAAAAUAUAUUUUAUUAAACAGAAUCUAAUUUGUAAAUAUAAAAAAUGAUUAGAAAUGGGGGCAAGAUCUCUGUGACAGGGGUGUAAUAAAAUGUUCAGUCCAAGGCUUUUCUAUAACAAAGCCAAGUCCAGCUAAUAAUCAGUAUUUAUUACUAAAUUAUUGUCCUCUUACAAUCUGUAGAUAGGUAUCUGUUGAUAACUGUCGGGGAUUUGCUGUUGCGGCCCCGUUGGCGAUGUUGUUAAUUUAUUUCUGUAUAUAGUGUAUGUUUGUUGAUAUGAGGCUUUCUUUAUUUUGUAUAUGACAAAUAAACUUCUUUUAAAGAGACCCAUUCCAGAGCAUCUUC